AUGCGGCGCCAUGGCAGGUCUGGCGGAGGGACAAAGGCUGUCACGCCCGUCUCCGACACUGUUUCGCUCAUCCAUUCGUUCGACUCAAUCACUAACCCAAAUCGACCAGCACGACCGUCUCCAUUGGCAUCCUCUCACAUCCAAGCAUUACCUCUAGACCUAAUCGAUCGACUACGCUCCUUCCCUCUGUUCCAAUCUACUCCAGAGUCAUUCCUGGUCGAAGUCGCACAGCAUCUCCGGCCCCAGCUCAGUGCCCCGAACGAUUACAUCCUGACCGAAGGCGAUGAGGCCAAGGCGAUAUACUGGUUGGUGCGGGGGGCUGUCUCCGUCACCUCGCGUGAUGGUGAGAGUAUCUAUGCCGAACUGGAACCGGGCGCUUUCUUCGGUGAAAUUGGAGUGUUGAUGGAUCGGCCUCGCACUGCAACAAUCAUUGCUCGAACGCGGUGUCUACUGGUCGUUCUAUCCAAAGAGGAUUUUAGAAACAUUCUUCCGCGGUUCCCGGAAGUGGAACGAGCGAUACGGGACGAGGCACAGGAACGACUGAUGAUCCUGGAAAAGAAGAAGAAGGAGACGUCAACGCCAUCCGUUGACAUUGCAACUCCAGUCCGGAGAGGGUCAAAAAGAUUAAGAGAUUCCUAUUCCGGAGAUCUAGCUCCCGUUGAUCGUCAAGGCACAAAUCUGAAGACUGGCAACAAGAAGCGCAAAUCCCCAAGUCCUGGGUUAGGAGCUGCUGAGAGCUCAUCAAGCGCAUUGGCAAACGGGUCGGUGAACGUCCGUCUUCUGCUCAAAGAAUUGCCUCUCUUCUCGAGCCUCCCUCCGGAUAUACUACAUUUUCUUGGACUCAAUGCGCAACCGCGAUCAUAUCCCCCGUUCACCGACAUCAUCCGACAGGAUUCUCAGGGACGGGAGAUCUAUUUCAUUGUACGUGGGGAAGUUGAGGUUCUAUCAGAGAGGACGGACAUACAAGACAAACAGUCUCUGCCGAACGGGAUCGACACACCGGCCUUUGACGUAAAAGCAAGGCUCAAACAAGGGCAAUAUUUUGGAGAGGUCGUGAGCCUUUCUCUGGCACCUCGCCGCACUGCAACCGUACGGUCUGUCACGGCUGUUGAAUGUCUCAUGCUCAGUGGGGAUGUCCUUGCUGAGUUCUGGGACAAGUUGCCCCAAGAUGUCCGCCAGCAAGUUGAGAACACGGCCAAGGAAAGACUUCAGGCUGCUUCCGAUGGAGACGUCGUGAUGUCAGAUGCCGGAAGCGCUGACCAGCCCGUCGAUGGAGAUUUCCAAAUUAGAGCAUCUCGGAGACAGUCAAUGCCUCUUUUAACGCUCACAGAGACAGAACUGGAUACACCACGUGCCCCCAAUGGCAUGGAAGACCAGAAUGUGUUGAAACCAUCGGAUCCCGACCCAUUCUUGAACGUUGGCUUGGAUAAUGUUCGGCUUCGAAGUCGGCGCGGAUCGGUUGCGCCGCUGACACCAGAGGAGGUGUCUGGUGACCAACAGCGACAGUCGCCUCCACAAGCUUCUCGUUCCGCGAGAUCGUCUCUCAUGUCCCUUUCCGAGACGUCGGUUCUAUCGACAGCCUCGAAAACACAGCGUGAAUCUCGGCAAGAUAACCUCGGAAUUCUUCCCGAUAAUAUACUGAUCAAGGUCUUCCAAUAUCUGAACCUGCAUGAUCUUCUUCGCUUUCGGGCUGUUUCCCUGCAUUGGUCGGAGAUACUCAGCACAUCCAGCGAACUGGUGCGACACCUCGAUUUGAGCAUGUACAAUCGUCACCUCACGGAUGACGUCCUAGUCAAAGUCAUCUGCCCGUUUGUCGGUGAAAGACCACACUAUGUCAACAUCAGCAAUUGUUUUCACAUCACCGACGAAGGCUUUUCCAAGUUAGCCACCACAUGUGGUGCUAACGUCACCGCUUGGAAGAUGAAAAGUGUCUGGGAUGUAACUGCAUCUGCAGUUCUCGAAAUGGCUAGCAAAGCAACAGGUUUAGAAGAGGUCGAUCUAAGCAACUGCAGAAAGGUUGGCGACACCCUACUAGCUCGACUCAUUGGCUGGGUCGUACCUGGACAGCACAAACCCAAUGGCGAACCGGCGAAAUCGGGAAAAGCAGUCGUAAAACCUACCAUGCAAACCGAAGCUGGCACCGUAUAUGGCUGCCCCAAGUUGAAAAGGCUGACCCUUUCAUACUGCAAGCAUGUCACCGAUCGUUCGAUGCAUCAUAUCGCGUCUCACGCUGCCUCUAGGAUAGAGCAAAUGGAUCUGACACGAUGUACGACAAUAACAGAUCAAGGCUUUCAGUACUGGGGAAACGCCCAAUUUACCAAUCUGCGCAAAUUAUGUCUGGCAGACUGUACUUACCUCACCGACAACGCCAUUAUCUAUCUGACAAACGCCGCCAAACAGCUACAGGAGCUGGAUUUGUCUUUUUGCUGUGCCUUAUCCGAUACAGCAACAGAAGUACUCGCACUCCAGUGCUCGCAAUUGACUUAUCUGAAUAUGUCAUUUUGCGGAUCUGCGAUUUCGGAUCCAUCUCUUCGUAGCAUUGGACUCCAUCUUUUGCACCUGAAACGACUUUCUGUGCGUGGCUGUGUUCGAGUCACUGGGGUGGGCGUUGAAGCAGUGGCAGAUGGCUGUAAUCAGCUGGACUCUUUUGAUGUGAGCCAGUGCAAAAACCUAGCCCCUUGGCUCGAAGACGGCGGGGCCCUCAAAUACAAGAACAGGAUUACUUUCGAGACAGUCGCACAGAAUGGGAUCGUGUUCCGGUGA